AUGAAGUUCUCUACAGCUGUCGGAUCUCUCCUCCUAUCCAGCGUUGCGCUGGCUGCUCCUCUAUCUGAAGAGAACCUUGCUCGACGUGAAUCCAACCGCGUCGCACGCCGUGCUCGUUCUCACAAGCAGACUCACACCAACCAACGCAUUGACACUAUUGACGCCAUCAAGGAUUUGGAAGUCGCGAGUGCCGCAAGCAGUGCUGAGGUUUAUUCCAGCAACUGGGCUGGUGCUGUUCUGAUCGGCUCUGGAUACACUUCUGUUACCGGAUCUUUUGUUGUUCCCUCUGUUUCUGUACCAAGUGGUGGUGACAGCACACAGCAAUACUGCGCUGCUGCAUGGGUUGGUAUUGAUGGCGACACCUGUGGUACCGCAAUCUUGCAAACCGGUGUCAACAUUUGUAUUCAGAACGGCCAGAUCACCAACACUGCUUGGUAUGAGUGGUUCCCUGCUGCACAGGAGUACUGGGACAGCGGAAUUACCAUCAACACUGGCGACACUGUGACUGCUACUGUGACCGCCGAUGGUCUGACCGGUGGCACUGCCACCGUCACCAACGAGUCUAACGGCCAGUCCGUCUCGUACACUUUCUCUGGCACCAAUGCUGAGUGGAUCAUGGAGGAUCUCUCAGGCGGCGGUGGUCUCCUUAACUUCGCCGACUUUGGCAGCGACUUCACCAUCUCUGGUGCUACUGCUAUCUCCAAUGGCAACACCGUUGACACCACUGGUGCUACCAUCAUGGAUAUUUCGCAGAACAACCAAAUUCUCACUUCUACUACUGCUUCUGGUAGCAAUGUUGUUAUUUCUUACCAAUAA